AUGUCUUGUCACGAAGUCUCUAAUUUAAAUGAACUUACAACAUCCACACAGAUUGUCGCAGAUGGUGUCUCACCAAAAUGUAAACGCCCAGAGUUGUCAAUUUUAAUUUAUAAUAAACCAUUCAACGCAUUACUUGAUUCAGGUGCUUCUGUCUCGGCCAUUUCAGAAGAGAUAUUUGCAUCUAUCAAGCGAAACAUUCCGGAGGGACAGCAAUUAUCAAUCUUACCCGUUACGGGAGUCACCGUAUCAACCGCUGUAAAAGGUCGUAGCCGGAAAAUCACUACUCAAGUCCUCAUACCGUUCUCUAUUUUUGGACACACUACUGACUGCAUUUGUCUUGUUGUUCCACAUCUGGCAACCUCCAUUAUAUUAGGAGAUGAUUGGUUGACUCAGAACAAAGUGUGUUUGGACUACUCUGAACGGAUUGUACGUCUCACCAGUUGGAACAUUAAUAUACCAUUUUCAAAAACACCGGAUGAUGCAAUUAAUCAUAUGAGUGCUCUAUUUACUUUGUCUAUCUCACCUCAAGACUGUGCGAGGUCGAUAACUGAGCAUUGUAUAGCGAGUGUCGAAAUGAUUUCUCAGCAGUUACAAUCGUCAACCGACAACAAUAUGAUCACCAGCUUACAAGUAACCCCGGAAAACGAUUUAGAACCUUUCGAUCACAUUACUGAACACCUGUCAACGGUUCAGAAUCUCUCGUCAAACCAAUUGGAACAAGUCGUUGGCCUAUUUCAUGAGUACCACCACAUUUUUCGCACUCGUCCUGGUUUAAACUUGUUGUUUACGUGUCGCUUCAAUGUCAGUGCAGAUAUUCCUUUCAAGAUCCGUCCAUAUCCAGUACCGUUUGCUCGACGUCCUGCAGUUGAAAAGGAAUUGGCUCGCAUGCUAGAGUGGAGGGUGAUCGAAAGAUGUACUUCACCCUAUAGCAAUCCAAUUAUAUGUGUUGGUAAGGCCGAUGGUUCUGUCAGAAUAUGUUUAGACGCCAGACGAGUAAACAAAAUAAUUCUGCCGAUGCGUGACUCAUCGCCACCACUCGACGAACUACUUGCCCGUUUUGGGGGAAAAGCAAUUUUCUCAAGUAUAGAUUUUACGGCCGGAUAUUGGCAAGUUGCUCUACAUCGUGACGUCAGAAAGUAUACCGCGUUCGUGUACGACGGUCGAACAUAUCAAUUUCGUGUCGUACCAUUUGGGCUCAAUAUCUCAAACACAGCAUUCCAACAGGCACUCGAAUCAGUUCUCUCCAAUCCAGUUGAUCACUACAAUGAAGACGGAUUAGGGGAUCUCCAUAUCUACGUUGACGACGUGUUGGUAUCAUCAACAACUUUUGAAGACCACAUACGUCGCCUUCGACUUCAGGGAUGUCCUUAA